CAACACUAAAAUUUGAAAAAAUAACUUACAAAUGUCACAGGAUUGGAACUUCCAAAUGCCCUACGAGCGCCUUGGCAAACGAGAACACUUAACUUUGUACAAGCAGUGACCACGUGACUUCAACCCUAGGCCUGCUGUCUGUUUUCAGUAGACGGAGAGAGAGGAAGCAACAUGGCGGCCAUGAGCGACCCGAAGCGGGACGCCGGCCGUUCGUUCUGAGCUUUCUCACAUUACCUGAGUCCGGGGCUCUGUGGGACUUUUUGCUACGGAAUAUACUCAAGUUCAGCUUUCUGGCGGUGCCCAAUUUCCAGGGUUUCGUCCGCGAUUAUUGCACGCAAAAACGGAUCUAGAAAAUAAUAGAUUUUAUAUAUAAUGAGGGGGAGAAGAGGCAGGCCGCCCAAAACCCAACUGAUGCAGGAGCACUCUUCUGGUCCUGUGCGGGGUCUUAGACCCCGACGGGGGUUAAGGGCAAAAGGUAGAGGUACUGAUGAGGUCGAUUUUGAGAUUCCCAAGAGAGGAAAUUACCAUUCAUCCAGGGGCAGGAGGAGAGUGGGAUCAACCACGGCAUCAAGGAGUAGAGGAAGGGGCAGAGGUGUUGGUAGAGGUAGGGGAAGAGGGAGAGGUAAGCGUUCGGCUACUAGUCUGAUAGUGUAUGAUGACCAUGAAAGUGACGACGAAGAUGCCGAAAGUCUGAGAUCAGAUGAAGAAGAAUACGUCGAGGAAGAGCCGAUAACGGACGAAGAGGAAGGGACCAUCGAUGAUGAAUCGGACUACCUUGAGGAAAUACCCGAGGAGUUGGAGGAUGAUGCUAGCUACUGUACUGAAAGCAGUAGCCAUGGUAGUGCUCCAGGGCGUAGGAGGUCUCGGGUGCUGCGCCCUCGCUCUCCUGUCUUUGAGGAAGCGGAGGUGCCCCCUCUGGAGCUGCCCGGGUCUUCAGAGGACCUUCUGCUCUUAGCCCAGCAGCUGCUCAACGCGGCAGCAAUCUACGAGGUGCUGCGCAACUUCAGCACGGUUCUGCGCCUCUCCACCUUUCGCUUCGAGGACUUCUGCGCUGCAUUGGCCGGCCAGGAGCAGUGCACCCUCAUCGCCGAGAUGCAUAUCUCCCUGCUUAAGGCCAUCCUGCGCGAGGAGGACUCCUCCAACACCACCUUCGGCCCGGCCGACCUCAAGGACAGUGUCAACUCUACGCUCUACUUCAUCGAUGGCAUGACGUGGGCCGAGGUGGUGCGUGCCUACUGCGAGAGCGACCCCGAGUACCGGCCGGCCCUGCGCUACCAGGAGGGCGAGGGCUACCCUUUCGAGCCCUUGGAGGCCAAGGUGAAGGUGCUCCAGUUCCUGGUUGAUCAGUUCCUUACCACCAACCUGGCUCGUGAGGAGCUCAUGUCCGAGGGCACCGUGCAGUAUGACGACCACUGCCGUGUGUGCCACCGGUUAGGUGACCUGCUCUGCUGCGAGACCUGCUCCGCCGUCUACCACUUGGAGUGCGUCAAGCCGCCGCUGCAGGAGGUGCCCGAGGACGAGUGGCAGUGCGAGGUGUGUGUGGCCCACAAGGUGUCUGGCGUCAGUGACUGCAUCACUGAGGUGCAGAAGAGCCGGCCAUACAUUCGCCAGGAGCCUAUAGGCUACGACAGGCACAGCAGGAAAUACUGGUUCCUCAACCGCAGGAUCAUUAUCGAGGAAGAUGGAGAGCAUGACAAUAAGAAGAUCUGGUACUACAGCACAAAGGUCCAGCUGGCGGAGCUCAUGGAUGUGCUGGACAGAGAGUACUGGGAGAGUGACCUGUGCGCUGUGCUGGAUGAACUGAGGGAGGAGAUCCACAGCCACAUGGACAUCACCGAGGACCUCACCAACAAGGCACGGGGAAACAACCGCUCUUACCUGGAGGCUGCCAAUGAGGAGAUCCUGGAGCGGCUGAAGACGAAGGAGGAUGCAGAGCUGGAGGAGGUGAAGCGGCGUGCAGCCAAGGAGGCUGAAAAGGCCAGCCAGGGGUCAGAGGUCGCUGAUCCUUCUGCAGAUGGAGCAGAGGCGCAGCAGGACAAACCAACUUGUGGCAUGGACCAAGAGACCUCAGGAGAAGCCCCCUCUGCUGAAGCUCCCUCUACUGGAGUGGAAGGUAGCGGUCCCAGCUCCAGUAGCACUCCUGACCAGCCUAAGCCCACUUCUCCAGUGCUUCCCAGCUCCACGUCUAGCAAAUCCAUUUCCAAGGCUCCUACAGGAGGGGCGCAAGAUGGCCCCUCUCAGGCGCAGGACGCUGGCGGCGAGAGGUUGGCUAGUGCAGAGACAGAAAAGGAGCGGGCAGAGAUGGCAUCCCUUGGGGAGGAGAGCGCCGCCCUGCAGGCUGUGGAUGAGAACAGCUGCAGCAGCCACGUCUCUGCUUCAGACCCUCUUAGGGGGCCAGAAGAACCUGACUUGGCCGACCGCUCUUCUCGCUCCUCCUUCACGAGCCUUGACGACUCAGGUGAAGGCAAGGCGAAUGGAGAGGCUGGAAAGGCUGGCUCUGCCACGCGCAUUGUGACCCGGCUGCGGAACCCUGACAGCAAGCUGAGUCAGCUCAAGAGUCAGCUUGGCAUUGUUACUAUGGACGGCACCAAAACAUCCAAAGAGUUUCCUGCAUUUGGAGAUACAUCCCGUUUUGGCAGUGUCAAAAAAGACUUGAUGCUAAAGGGCAACCUCAGCACCUUCUUUAAGCUGGGCCAGGAAGGCAAGUACCGCGUCUACCAGAACCAGUACAGCACCAACACCGUGGCUCUCAAUAAGCACCAGCAUCGCGAGGACCAUGACAAGCGGCGGCACUUAUCGCACAAGUUCUGCAUGACGCCCGCCGGUGAGUUCAAGUGGAACGGCUCUGUUCACGGCUCCAGGGUGUUGACAGUCUCCACACUGCGCCUUACCAUCGUCCAGCUGGAAACCAACAUCCCUGCGCCCUUUCUACACCCAAACUGGGCCUCACACAGGACAAACUGGACUAAGGCAGUCCAGAUGUGCAGCAAGGCCAGGGAGUUUGCCCUGGCAUUGGCCAUCCUGGAGUGUGCCAUCAAGCCAGUUGUUAUGCUGCCAGUGUGGAAAGAUGCCUUGGGUCACACAAGGCUACAUCGCAUGACCUCCAUGGAACGUGAGGACAAGGAGAAAAUUAAGAAGAAGGAGAAGAAACUGGAGGAUGAGGAGACCUUGCAACAGGCCACCUGGGUCAAGUACACAUUUCCCAUCAAGCAUCAGGUAUGGAAGCAGAAAGGGGAGGAGUACAGAGUAACUGGUUAUGGAGGUUGGAGCUGGAUCAGCAAGACACAUGUCCAUCGAUUUCUACCCAAAUUUCCUGGCAACACAAAUGUCAACUAUCGCAAAAAUCUCCCAGAUGCUAAUAAAGACAGGCAGAACGAAGAGAAAUGCUUGGCCUCUCCAAACACAGACUCUGAGACCCAGAAGACAGAAGCCUCCACUAAAAGUGCAGCUGUGAAGGAUGAGGACCAAAAAACUGCACCAGAAUCCUCUGUGGACGGCUCUUCAGGAGAGGACCAGACACUUAAAGAGAACAACCAAGAAGAGCCACAGACCCAGGACCGAACAGAAGCACAAGAGGAAGCUGGGGAGAAGGCUAACGGCCUGGCAAAAGGAGGAGUCCAGAAUAUGGAUGUGGACCCAAGCGUGCCUGACUCCUGCAGUAUCGAAGAGAAAGAGAAGAUGAGCAGCACUAGAUCGGCAGCUCUUGGUGAAGAGAAUGCUGUGAAGGAGGAGCCAGAGGGGGAGGAAGGGCCCAAUCCCAGCAGAGCAGAAACCGCGUUACCUUUCAACCAUGAUGUGGUCAAUGUCAGUGAAGGAUUUCAAUUGCGGACCGCCUACAAGAAGGUGGUGAAGGCCUCCAAACUGGAUGGACUUCUGGAGAGACGUGUCCGGCAGUUCACCCUGGAGGAGAAGCAGAGGCUUGAGCGCUUUAAGAUGGGGGAACAGGCUAGAGGCGAGCCUGCAAAGGAGAAGGCAGAAGUUAAGGCAGAAGUUAAGGAGUCACCAGGAGAGACCAUCCAGGCAGAUGGUGCAGUCAACACCAAAGAGCAAGAAAAAUCCCAGGCAACUCAGGUGGAGGAGAAGGAAUCUGUGAAUGUAUCAAGGGAGAAGGAUUCCGUGGUCCAAAGGCUAGAAUUUGACCAAGAAGAGGAGAGGAUGAAGUCUGGAGCAGCGGCAGCAGAACAGAAAGGCAGUGCGAGUUCUCAGGGUACUGCUGGUGAAAUUCAGUCACCAUCAGAGACAAAUAAGGGACAAAUGGCCUCUGGCCUUGUAAAGGACAAUGUUUCCCUAGCUUCUACUCCUUCUGAUGGUCAUGGAAACAAUGAUCAGAGCAACGGCAAAUCAGAUAGGCCCGCUGAACUUAAUGGUGCCUCCCAAGAGAGCGUCAACCCAUCUCCCAGCCAGAAUGUUACAUCAAACUCUCUUACAGAAGCACCAAGCUUAAAGUCUGAGGGGACAGCCUCAAGGAACUGUACAGAACAGAUGGUGUUGGGAGAAAAUGGUAGUAAGCACACACAAGGUAAAGAGUGUUGUGUUUUACAAGAUGAAGGAGAAAGCAUGGAUGUGCCUGAAAGAGAUUAUGUGAGAACAGAGAAAUCGGGGCUUGUGCAGAUCAACGGAAAGGAUGCUCCUUUACCCCACAACAAAACAUCAACGCUCAUGGAGCUAGCUAGCAACGUUGCUGCUAAAGAGGUGCCUGCCACUUUGGAAGGGGGGAUGAACGCAAUGGACCCUCUUAAGCCUCUGACAAAUGGAGAUGCAGUAACCUUGGACUCUCGGCAAGAGAAGACCAACUGCCUGGAAAACACAGAAGAGAGGAAGGCCACUGAGUUGGCGUCUGACUGCCCAAUUCCUCAAAAGGUACCUCGUCUUGAGAAUAACAUGGAUGAGGCAUCUGCUGAUUCUACUGUAACAUCUUCUGGCCUUGGAGGUCGCAGAGAUACUCCAGAUACAACCAAGUUGGAGGUGGAGGUCACCAAGCCAAAACAACUGGCACCCUCUCCGGUGACUUCCAUGGAAGAGUCAAGCCUCAGCAGUGACGCUGCAGAGAAUGGUGGCGGCAGCAACAGCAGCAUGGCAGAAGUGAAAACUACUGUCACACAGGUCACAACCACCACCUCCAGCACCACAACGGUAUCCACUGUCCAGAUCGCUGAGGUCACCAGCAGUAGCAGCGCGCCACCAAUACCUGAGCCAAAGGUCGAGGCCAACAGCACCACAGCCACUCUUACCACCACCACCACAACUGUUACCAAAGUCACAGACUCAGCCUCUGGAAAAGUUGUCACAGAUAAGAAGACAUCUGUUACUGCAACCUUCACAAACACCAAGUCUAGUCCCUCAGGCUCAUCUACGACUUCCAUGACUGUCAGCAAAGAGUACUCCACCAGGGACCGAGUAAGGUUACUCAAAUUCUCACGCACAAAGAAGUCUCGCUCGGGAACAGCCUUGCCUUCAUACCGCAAGUUUGUUACCAAGAGCAGCAAGAAGAGCAUUUUUGUUUUGCCCAAUGAUGAUCUGAAAAAGAUGGCUAGGCGAGGGGGUAUUCGCGAGGUGCCCAUCUUCAACUACAACGCUAAGCCUGCCCUAGACAUCUGGCCUUACCCGUCACCCAGGCCUACCUUUGGCAUCACCUGGAGGUAUCGCUUGCAGACAGUGAGGUCCCUUGCAGGGGUCAGCCUCAUGCUCAGGCUGCUGUGGGCUUCUCUGAGGUGGGAUGAUAUGGCAGUGAAGCCGACCCCUGGUGUAGGAACCACACGCACGGAGACUUCAGACAUCGACAUCACCACGACAGAGAUCAUCAAGCGCAAAGAUGUGGGGCCUUACAGCAUCCGGUCAGAGUAUUGCAUCCGCAAGAUCAUCUGCCCCAUCGGGGUCCCAGAGACACCUAAAGAGUCUCCUACACCACAGAGAAAGGGCCUUCGCUCCAGUGCUCUGCGACCCAAAAAGCCUGAGCCAACCAAGCAGACAGGCCCGGUGGUGGUGGAGACCUGGGUGGCUGAGGAGGAUCUGGAGCUGUGGGAGAUCAGAGCCUUUGCUGAAAGGGUGGAGCGGGAAAAGGUGCAGUCGUCUGAACAGGCUAAGAAGCGCUUGGAGCAGCAGAAGCCGGGGGCCGUUGGUACUACCCCCACUCCCUCCAUGCCCACCACCGGCACCCAGAAGAUCACUGUGGGCUCCCUUACGGGCACGCUCACCCCCGGGACCAAAGUGGUUCUGGCCACCAAGAUGGGUACACCUGUGACAUUCCAGCAGAACAAAAACUUCCAGCAGUCGUUCGCCACCUGGGUCAAGCAGGGACAGAGCAGUCAAGGUGUGGUCCAGGUGCAGCAGAAGGUACUGGGCAUCAUUCCAAGCAGCAACUCGGGCUCUGCUCAAUCCUACACUGCUUUCCAGCCACGCUCCACCAUCAACAUCCAGCCUAAUACAGUCACCUCUACACAGCAGGUAAUCACCACAGGAACUCCCCUCCGUCCUGGGAUGACUGUGAUCCGCUCCCCCCUGCAGCAGGCCACCACACUGGGCAAAACCAUCAUCCGCACCCCUUUGGUGGUCCAACAAGGUCAGACUCAGCAGGUGGUCACUCAGAUCAUCCGUGGCCAGCCGGUGUCCACCGCCGUCACCAGCUCCAGCGCCAGCUCCAUGCAGACGGGGGUGGGGGUGCAGAGGAUGGCCGGGGCCGUGUCCUCCCCGCGGGCCGCCACCCCCGCCCCUGGACAGUCUCCCGGGCCUCAGGCAGCCCAGCCCAGCCCCAGGCCCCAGCAGGCCCAGGUCAAACUCACCCUGGCCCAGCUCACUCAGCUCACCCAGGGAGCACAGGGUGGAAGUCAAGGUCUGACGGUGGUGAUCCAGGGGCAGGGCCAGACCACGGGCCAGCUGCAGCUCAUCCCCGCCGGGGUGACGGUCAUCCCCAGCCCGGGCCAGCAGCUCAUGCAGGCGGCCAUGCCCAACGGCCAGGUGCAGCGCUUCCUCUUCACGCCCAUGCCUCCCGCGCCAGCCCCAGCCUCCAGGCAGGCGCCCAUCCCGGUCCCCACCACCGGCACCUCUGCUGCGCCCGCCAGUGCUGCCGCCACUACCUCCACAGCCGCAGUGCCAGCCGUUCAGCCUGAACAGAGAGUAGUGCAGCCUCAACCUCAACCUCAAGCUGCCCUUGCUGCCCCCCCUCCUCUCGGCCCAGUGCAGCCCACCCCACAGGUGCUCACCCCUGCUCAACUACCCGCCCUGUCACCCAUGCCAACGUCUGUGCCGGCACCUGCCCCGACACCCACACCCCUUCCUCCAGUAUCCUCCCAGGCUCCAGCCCAGGUUCUCACUCAGCCCCCCACUCAGCAGCAGCAGCAGCAGCAGCCCCAACUCCUGCAGCAGCAGCAGCAGCAGCAGCCCCAACUCCUGGUCCAACCACAGCUCCAGCUCCAGCACCAACCCCAGCAGCCCCAACUCCUGGUCCAACCACAGCUCCAGCAGCAGCCCCAACUCCUGGUCCAACCACAGCUCCAGCUCCAGCACCAACCCCAGCAGCAGCAGCUGGCACACGUCCAGGUGUCAACAGCUUCACCUCAGACUCUUGGCACCUUUACAGUGGCCCCGACAGUGGGCCAGACGGUGGUUAGCCAGGCCCAGCUUCAGAUCCAGUCUCAACCGGUGCUGGCUCCGGCUCCUGCUCCGGCUGCCGUCCAUGCCCAGGUUCGGGUCGGGGCACCCAUGCAAACCCAGCCUCCCCUCCAGGCUCAGGUUCAGGUGCAGGUGCGCCCCUCGCUGCAGCUCCACCAGCAGCUCAUUGCCGUGCCAGGCAUCCAGCAGCAGGUGCUCUCCCAGAUCCAGAGCCAGGUGGCGGCCCAGCUGCAGCAGCAGGGGGCCGUGGGGGGCGCCGUCCCCCAGCAGAUCAAGCUCCAGCUGCCCAUCACCAUCAAGCAGCAGCCCGCCACUGCUGCUCCCGCCCAGCAACAGCACCUCCAGCAGCAUCAGACGGCUGCGGUGGUCAGCAUGGGGGGGCAGGUGCAGAACGUGGUCACCAUCCAGACGGCCAGCGUGCAGGAGCAGCUCCAGCGCAUUCAGCAACUGAGGGAGCAGCAGCAGCAGCAGCAGCUGAAGAAGAGGCAGCAGCAGGAGGCCAAGAGGGAGCUGGCCCAACAGGCCGGCAGCCAGAGCGACAUCCUCCAGAAGCAGGUGGUGAUGAAGCAGAAUGCUGCUAUAGAGCACUUAAAACAGAAGAAGACCGUGUCCCCUGAAGAGAGAGAGGAGAACCAGAGGAUGAUCGUGUGCAACCAGGUGAUGAAGUGUAUCCUGGACAAGAUUGACAAGGACGAGAAGCAGGCAGCCAAGAAGAGGAAGCGUGAGGAGUCAGUGGAGCAGAAACGCAGCAAGCAGAACGCCUCCAAACUCUCGGCACUGCUCUCCAAACACAAGGAGCAGCUGAAGGCUGAGAUCCUCAAGAAGAGAGCGCUGCUGGACAAGGACCUGCAGGUGGAGGUGCAGGACGAGCUCCGCAAGGACCUGAGCCGACUGCGGCGCGAGAAGGAGAGGGCCAAAGCAGCCAUGACCCAGGCAGCUCAGGCGCAAGCAGCAGCAGCAGCAGCCACACGCAAGCAGCCAGCGCUCUCUCCUCCUCCUCCUCCUCCUCCUCCACCUCCACCUCCACCACUUCCUCCUCCGCUCACCUCGCCGUCCGCAGGCCACAAGCGCAAGCGUGAUGACGAGCGAGAGUCCCCGUCCUCUGGCAAAUACAAGAAGAAGAAGAUGAUCUCCACUACCUCAAAGGAUCCCAAGAAGGACACAAAGCUGUAUUGUGUCUGCAAAACCCCCUAUGACGAGGCGAUGUUCUACAUUGGCUGCGACCUAUGUUCUAACUGGUUUCAUGGCGCGUGUGUUGGCAUCACUGAAAAGGAGGCCAGGAAAAUGGAGGACUACGUUUGCAGCGAGUGCAAGAGGGCGCAGGAGGGCAGUACUGAGGAGCUAUACUGCAUCUGUCGGACACCAUACGAUGAGGCCCAGUUCUACAUUGGCUGUGACCGAUGCCAGAACUGGUACCAUGGUCGCUGCGUGGGUAUUCUGCAGAGUGAGGCCUCGGAGAUCGAUGAAUACGUUUGCCCACAGUGCCAGUCCACGGAAGAUGCCAUGACUGUUCUCACGCCGCUCACAGAGAAGGAUAACGAAGGCUUGAAAAGAAUAUUACGCUGCUUACAGGCCCACAAAAUGGCCUGGCCCUUCUUGGAGCCAGUGGAUCCCAGUGAUGCUCCUGAUUACUAUGGUGUCAUCAAAGAACCAAUGGACCUGUCCACAAUGGAGGACAGACUACAGAGGCGGUAUUACAGCAAACUGACUGAAUUUGUAGCGGACACGACCAAAAUCUUCGACAACUGCCGCUACUACAACCCCAAUGACUCACCGUUUUACCAGUGUGCCGAGGUGCUGGAGUCCUUCUUUGUACAGAAACUUAAAGCAUUCAAAGCAAGCAGGUCUCAUAACAACAAACUACAACCUUCAGCCUCUUAGAACACACUGCACCCUAGUUUGCGCCCUUAAAAAAUGAUAAAGAAGCAAGAAUUUGGUUCUUGAACCCUUGGUUGGUGGUGGACCCAGACCCCUGUGCCGUUGGUGCUCCACUCUUCCCUGAUCCUCCAGCCUGCCUCUGGUCCCCUUUCAUGGCUGCCGCGUCUCGGAUCACCCUCCAAAACUGAGCAGCAUGGCUAACCCUUCAGGCUGCUGACCAGCCCUGUAUUCCUCCCUUUCUGUUGGUGAAUACAGAUUGACAAGAUCCUAUGGAGGGGAAAAAAGCCAUUUCAGGAACUGGAUUUUCUUUAAAUGAGGAUAUGUUAAAGCUAAUUUAUGAAUAUUCUCAGUCUUUUUUUAAAUAAUGUGUCUACAUGAAAAGAUUUUUGAUGCCUGGAUUUGAGACACAUCAUUUCCCGCUAUUCCACCUGGAGCUGACUGAAUAUGCGAAAGCGAGUGUAUUGGGUUAAUGCCCCCUAGUGUGGACAUAUUCCUCAUGAAAAUGUGGUCUUUGUAGAUUGUGAGCAGCACAGGGAUACUUUGAGGCGUUAAACCACAAUGUGAGGUUGAAGUUGGCCUGUUUGUAAAACUUGUCAAUUUUUCUCAAUAUUCUUUUUUUUCUAUUACAGCUGAAUAAAUAUUGGUGUAUAUGAAACAUAAUAAAUGAAGACUUGAACUCUUA